AAGUGUGUAAACAAUAUUAUAACAAAUUACAAAUAAACAAUCAAUAAAAAUUAACUCAAUUUGAGUUUGGCGAACGCAACAUUUUAGGGAAUAUCUAAAUAAAUCGUAUUAGACUGAAAACGAGGACAAAUGGAAUAUUAAUAUUUACAACUUGGAAUGAUUUACAACACAAUGGAACUGCAUCAACGACAUCUUUCCAAUUUCUACAAAUUGCACAAAUAAAUUAGUUAAAAAUCGUAUAGCGUUUAAUUGCACAAUAAUUGCAAGUUUCAACAUCCACCACACACUCACACACACACAGAAACACACUCAGUUUCCGCAAGGAUGCCAAAUAUGUCGAGCAUUAAGACGGAGCAGAGUGUUUCACCCGGUGCCAGUGGCAGCUAUCAGCUGCCCGUUAACAUGUCGACGGCGACAGUGACGCCAGCGUCGCACCAGCACCAGCAGCAGCAGCGCCACAAUGUCUCCGUGACGAAUAUCAAAUGUGAACUGGACGAGCUGGCGACGCCAACGAAUGGCAACCUGGUGCCGGUCAUAGCCAACUAUAAUAAUCAUAAUCACAAUCAUAAUCACAAUCACAGCGGCAGCUUGAGUAUUCCACUCGGCGGCAAUGGGGAUGAGUCCGAUUCGGAUGCGGAGCUGGCCAAUAUUGAGAAUCUGAAGGUGCGACGACGUGCGUCAGACAAGAAUGGUCCGCGUCCCAUGUCCUGGGAGGGUGAGCUGAGCGAGAAUGAAACGAAUGGCGGCGGCGGCGGCGGCGUCGGUGACGAGGAGGAGCUCAUGGAAACGGAAACGGUGAUCAAGAGCGAGGUGAGCAGCAGCACCAGCACCAGCAGCAGCAGCAGUGCCACAACAAUGGCCAGCAGUCAAGUGAACGCCAUGUUGCAACCUAUCAAAACCGAACUGGAGAACAUAGCCGGCGAGAUGCAACAGCAGCAGCAACAACAGCAGCAACAACAGCAGCAGCACUAUGCACCGAACAAUAAACUGAAAUUGGCGCCGACGCAAAGUGAUCCCAUCAAUUUGAAAUAUGAGCCAACGACAACGACAACAUCAUCGCUGCUCUGCGACAGGAGCAAGUCGAAUAGUGGCGGCCAUUUGCCACUGCUGCCCGCCAAUCCCAGUCCCGAUUCUGCCAUACAUUCCGUCUAUACGCACAGCAGCCCCUCCCAGUCGCCGCUGACGUCCCGCCACGCCCCCUAUACGCCCUCGCUGAGCAGGAAUAACAGCGAUGCGUCGCACAGCAGCUGUUACAGCUACAGCUCCGAAUUCAGUCCCACCCACUCACCCAUUCAGGCGCGCCAUGCGCCACUCGCUGGCGUCGCUGCCCUGUUCACGGGCAAUGGAAAUGGCGGUGCACUGCAUCAUCAUAGUGUGCUCUAUCGGCCACUCAAUGUGGAUGCCGCACAGGAGGCACAAAAUCUGAGCAUGGAUGCGGGUGGUGCUGCAUUGGAUGCCAGUGCCACGUUGGCUGCGUCGCCGGCGGGCAUCUCACGUCAGCAACUGAUCAAUUCGCCGUGUCCGAUUUGUGGGGAUAAGAUCAGUGGCUUCCACUAUGGCAUCUUCUCGUGCGAGUCGUGCAAGGGCUUCUUCAAGCGCACCGUCCAGAAUCGCAAGAACUAUGUGUGUGUGCGAGGCGGGCCCUGCCAGGUGAGCAUCUCGACGCGCAAAAAGUGCCCCGCCUGCCGUUUCGAGAAGUGCCUGCAGAAGGGCAUGAAAUUGGAGGCGAUACGCGAGGAUCGCACCCGUGGCGGUCGCUCCACCUAUCAGUGCUCCUAUACGCUGCCCAAUUCGAUGCUCAGUCCGCUGCUCAGUCCCGAUCAGGCGGCAGCCGCUGCAGCCGCCGCCGCCGUUGUCAAUCAACAGCAGCAGCAGCAGCAUCAACAUCAGCUCAAUGGCUUUGGUGGUGGUGGCUCCAAUUCGUUGCCAGCGAGUCCCAGUCUCGGCGGGGCAUCCAUCAAGACGGAGCAAUCGGAACAGCUAAAUCAUCAUACGUCAUCAUCAACGCGAGCCUCAAGCAUUCCAGCCCUGCUGCAGGAAAUCAUGGAUGUUGAACAUCUCUGGCAAUAUACCGAUGCGGAAUUGGCACGCAUUAAUCAGCCGCUGUCCUCAUUUGCAACGGGUGGCUCAUCGUCGAGCGGCACAGGCGGUUCAAGCUCCGCCGGACAGCAUACGGGCAAUGCACAACAGAUGACCAAUCCACUGCUGGCCAGUGCUGGUCUCUCAUCCAACGGCGAGAACGCCAAUCCCGAUCUGAUUGCACACCUCUGCAACGUGGCCGAUCAUCGCCUCUACAAGAUCGUCAAAUGGUGCAAAAGUUUGCCGCUCUUCAAGAACAUCUCGAUUGACGAUCAGAUCUGCCUGCUCAUCAACUCGUGGUGUGAACUGUUGCUCUUCUCCUGCUGUUUUCGUUCCGUCGACACGCCCGGCGAGAUCAAGAUGUCGCAGGGCAGAAAGAUUACGCUGGCACAGGCUAAAACCAAUGGCUUGCAGGCGUGCAUUGAGCGCAUGUUGAAUCUGACCGAUCAUUUGCGUCGCCUGCGCGUUGAUCGCUACGAAUAUGUUGCCAUGAAGGUAAUCGUGCUGCUGCAGUCCGACACAACGGAACUGCACGAGGCAGUCAAGGUGCGCGAGUGCCAGGAGAAGGCGCUGCAGGGUUUGCAGGCCUACACGCUGGCCCAUUAUCCCGAUACGCCGUCCAAGUUUGGUGAGCUGCUCCUGCGCAUACCCGAUCUGCAGCGCACGUGUCAGCUGGGCAAGGAGAUGCUGACGAUCAAAACGCGCGAUGGAGCAGAUUUUAAUUUGCUAAUGGAACUGCUGCGCGGAGAACAUUGACAAAUGUUGUGGGCCAUGAAAUUCUGUCGCCGUAGCCGCAGCCGUAGCCGCAGCCGUAGCCGCAGCCGUAGCCGGGGUUAAGGCGGCGCAUACACAAGUUUUAUAUGAUUAGUAUUAGUAUAUCUAUGCGUAGUGUUAAGUGCUCUAUGUGUAAGCUCUGUAAACAUGUGCCUAAAAAAUGAACCCACAGCCAAAACAGCAACAACAACGGGCAGCUACAAUAACAACAACAAUAACAACAGCAAGACAAGAACAAUAACAGCAAACAGCAAGCAGCAAGCAGCGGCAGCGGCAGGCAGCAUUAACGAAACUCGAGAACAAAACUGAUAGCACUUAAUAUUAAAAGGAGGAAACGAAACGGGAGAAUUAAUUUCAAGCGUGAAAUUGCCAAAUUUUUUAUACAAAAAUAAAUAAAUAUAA